CUCUCACACACUCUCUCUGUUUAUAUAAUCCCACUGCAAAAUACCUCAUUUUCAGAAGAACAGAAAUUCAUCAUCCUUUUUUUCUUCACUUUCUCUCUCCUCAAAUUCUCUCUCUCCAGAGAAAAAAAAUGGAGUGGUUCUUCUACCUGUUAUUCGGAUCUCUUUCUGCAGUCGUUGCGGUAAUUGAGCUAAGCAAGAACAACAAAGAUCGUAUCAAUACUUCCACUGCUUUCAAUUCCUUCAAAAACAAUUAUGUCCUCGUUUAUUCUCUCAUGAUGGCUGGCGACUGGUUGCAGGGUCCAUAUGUAUACUAUCUUUAUAGUACUUAUGGUUUCGGGAAAGGGGAUAUUGGACAGCUAUUCAUUGCUGGUUUCGGAUCCUCUAUGCUAUUUGGGACAAUCGUCGGAUCUCUGGCUGACAAACAGGGCCGGAAGAGGGCAUGUGUGACUUAUUGCAUUACCUACAUUCUGAGUUGCAUCACCAAACAUUCUCCUCAAUACAAAGUCCUUAUGCUGGGUCGAAUUCUAGGAGGCAUAGCCACAUCACUUCUUUUCUCUGCAUUUGAGUCAUGGCUUGUUGCAGAGCACAACAAGAGGGGCUUUGAGCAACAAUGGCUGUCUGUAACUUUCUCAAAAGCAAUUUUUCUUGGGAACGGUCUCGUCGCUAUUCUUUCUGGAUUGGUCGGAAAUUUGCUGGUGGAUACAUUCGGGUUUGGGCCUGUUGCACCCUUCGACGCUGCAGCAUGUCUUCUUGCUAUAGGCAUGGCCAUCAUUUUAUCAUCAUGGACUGAGAACUAUGGAGAUCCAUCAGAGAAUAAGGAUUUGCUUGCACAGUUCAAGGGUGCUGCAAUAGCUAUUGCUUCGGAUGAAAAAAUAGCUUUACUUGGAGCCAUCCAGUCAUUGUUUGAGGGUUCUAUGUAUACCUUUGUGUUCCUCUGGACCCCUGCAUUGAGCCCAAACGAUGAGGAAAUUCCACACGGGUUUAUUUUUGCAACUUUUAUGCUGGCUUCGAUGUUGGGAAGCUCUAUUGCAUCUCGGCUUCUGGCUCGUUCAUCUCCUAGAGUUGAGAGCUAUAUGCAAAUAGUUUUCUCCAUAUCCGCUGUAUCUCUCUUGCUACCAAUUGUGACGAAUUUCCUUGUAGAGCCCUCAAAGGUGAAGGGUGGUGGCAUCAGUUUUUCAGGUUGCAUCCAAGUUCUCGGCUUCUGUGCUUUUGAAGCAUGUGUUGGAAUUUUCUGGCCAUCUAUCAUGAAGAUGAGGUCCCAGUACAUUCCGGAGGAAGCCAGGAGUACCAUCAUGAACUUCUUCCGCAUUCCUCUUAAUAUUUUUGUCUGUGUUGUUCUAUACAAUGUCAACGCUUUCCCCAUCACUGUCAUGUUUGGCAUGUGCUCAAUCUUCCUCUUCGUAGCGUCUAUCUUGCAGAGACGACUCAUGGCGAUUUCUGAAAAACCUAAAACAGAAGCAUAUGGACUCAAGGAAAGAGAUACUGAAUCCGAGCCAAUGAACAUCUGAGCACGAGAAGGAAAAAGCGUGAAAGAUAGAUGAAAAACCCAUUUAAAAGCGUCAUGAAAAAGUUGACACAGCUAUAUCUCGCUAUCAUAUUGAUUAGUUUUGCUGCUCCACGCGUGAGUAAGAAUAUAUACAGAGAUACAAGGUACAUCAGCAACUGUCAGAACUCAGAAGCAGUAUGUAGUAUGUAGUUUAAAGUUCUGGAUAGAUAGCUUUUGAUUAAUGCAUUAGGAAGCAAUUUUUUUGACCCUAUGUACUUAACCUCCCGUUCUCGCCUACUCAAACUUUAAAGAAGGAGGGGGAGUCUGCCGAUUUUUUCCUUCUUUUUAGGCUCCACAUUAUAUAUUAUGCAGUUGUCCAACAGUUUUUCAUACACUAUAGUUUUCUCCUCCCUUAAAAAUUGCGUUGAUUGUGUAAGCAAUUUCUUGCGCAAAACAAUUUGAGCAAGUGUUUAUGAGAUUGGUGUCACAAAUUAUCUGAAAGCAAUUGAGAAGUUUCAUUUCUGGUUUA